AUGACCGGACUACGGCAAGAACUGGACCUGAGUUCGGCGGAGGAAUGGAAGUGUUCGGAGGAUGGCGUACGUUACACGAAGAAACUUGAAACCGAAAGGGUGUUUGAAUUCCUCGCAGGUCUCCAUAGCUACCUUGAUGAGGUUCGUGGCAGGAUCGUUGGGCUGCGUCCUUUUCCCUCGCUGCGAGAAGUAUUUGUAGAAGUGAGAAGGGAAGAAAAUUGGAGGAAAAUCAUGUUGGGCGACUCUGGUGUGUAUGGGUUGCCGGCGAUGGAAGCGUCUGGACUGAUCUCCAACAAAUAUGGGCCGAGGUCUAAACAAUCUGGAGUUCCUAAUAUUGGGCCAGCCAAUCGAAGUAAUGGGCAAGGUAAACUUGAUUCUCGAGCUGUUAAAUGUGUUCUGAUCGGAUACUCUCCUACUCAAAAGGGUUAUAAAUGCUUUGACCCCUCAACAAAAAGAACAUUUGCAUCUACGCAUGCAUGUUGGCUACAAGCUAUGCUAGAAGAACUUCAAACUCAUCUGGAUAAUCAUACAUGGGACAUUGUUCCUCGUCCUGAUGGAGUAAAGCUCAUUGGAUGCAAAUGGGUGUAUACUAUCAAACUUCGACUUGAUGGUACUAUUGAGAGGUAUAAGGCCGGUUUGGUAGCUCUUGGGAAUUGGAGCUCCUUACAGUUAAUAGGUUAUAGUGAUGCUGAUUGGGCUGGUUGUGUAACUACUCGCCGCUCAAUUUCUGGUUGGUACAUGUUCUUUGGUGAUGUCCUCAUUUCUUGGAAAAUUGAACUUGGUAUCCCCCAAAUUAGUCAUACUCCACUUCAUGCUGAUAACACUAGUGUUAUUCAGAUUGCUACAAAUCCAGCUUUUCACGAGCGCACAAAGCAUAUUGAAGUAGAUUGUCAUUUUAUUCGUGAAGCUCUUGAUCAUGAUGUGAUCACACUUCCUCACAUUUCCAUCGAGCAUCACACUGCUGAUAUUUUACCAAAGCCUUAUCUUGCCACCACCAAUCUGAAUAAGGAGUCUACUGACUCGAGAUGGAAGCCAGAUGUGCAGGCAUGGACCAAUAAAGGGGGUCGAGGAAACUAUUCAUCACGAUACAGUUCUAAUGAUACUAGUGGUGGAAGGAAUUACACUUCUGUAAAGGAAAAUGCGACCAUUCAAAUUUCAGAGAAAGGAGUUAGUGCACCUCCUUUGCCUACUUUACAGGAGAGCAAAUGGAAUGAAACUUCUGUUAUAAGCCCAGUAACUGCCUUGUCCAAUGGUCCUCCUGGUAUGAGUAGUACUAGUUUUCUACAUGAGACACAUGCAACUGCAAGUAGAGGUGUUGAUCAAUCUGACACAACUGGAGAUGCCAACACAAGUAACGUGGAAGGACUGCUGCCACUUCCGUCCCCCACUGAUUCAAUUAAAAGCACUGAUGUUGCUAAUGGAACCCAUGUGCACCAGAUUCUGAAAUCCAGCAACAGUUUAACACCUAUUAAUUCAGCAACUUCUUCUGUAGCUCGUUUCUCUUCUUCUGAUCGUGUACUAUUACCUUCUCAAAAUAUACGGUCCGCUAGUGCCGUUGACACUAUUAGACAUGAAAUGGAUAGUGAGCAUACCCCCGUUGAGCAAAUUGUAGUUAAUACUAAUGAGGGGAAAUCAGCUUCAGAAGCUUCGGUUGGCGGCUCUGUAGUGCCUCAGAUGCCAAAUAUUUUUCAGCGAGUUGGAAAGAAUCAGCAUUUAGAAUCUCCAAAGACUGCAUCUUCUACAUGUGAUGGUUCAUUUGUUAGUAGGCCUUCAUCUAAUCACAACAAUCGGACACUGAUUGGCCCACAGAAAGUGGUUCCUGGCAAGGAGUGGAAACCAAAGUCUGCAAUCCCCAGUAUUAGUCAGGAUGCUAGCACAACUGCUUCAUCUGAGGUUUCUACAAUUGUUGUAAAGCAUUCUGAAGUGCAGCCAACAACCAGAGUCAUUUCUCAAGUUACUUUAGAGAUGCAGAGGAUGUUGGAAGAGACACCCAUUUUAGAUAGUCAAAACGUGAUUAUACCUAAUCAUCUGCAUGUCCCUGAUGCUAAAAAACUUGGGUUUUGUUUCGGAAGUUUUGAUGCUGACUUUGAAUUAGACAUGAGCCAUAACAGUGGUCCCAAGAGUGAUAAGAGUCAGCCUCUGUCUGAAUCUCCUGAGGCCAUUGAGGGAACUGUCAAGGAGCCAUCUCCAAGUCAGAAUGAGCUGGUAACUGCAGAGGAUACAGAAGCAAAAUACCCUGACAAUCCUCCAACUUUGCACGGACUAGAAAAUUUUUCAUCUGCUGAGGGUGAAGACUCAUCCUCUGUUCUCCCCGAGUAUAAUGAGCCUAAGCAUGAGGUUGCUUCUGGAAGCCAUCAACAUCCUGUGGCUCAAUCAUCCUCAAGCUACGAUUUUGGUUUUAUGCCACCAAUAUUGAGUAGCCGGGUUUCACCUUCGGAAAGUUCAGAAUCUCAAGUUCGCGAUGCUUCUCAAGUUCCAAGCUUUGUUAUACAGCAAUCAUUUGACCCGACAAGCUAUUAUUUGCAAUUAUAUCGGCCUAGUGCACACAUUGAUGGCCGCAUUUCGCCAUUCCAUUCAGCUGGAGCUGCGUCCAAAAUGCUCUCUGCAUUGAAUUUGCAGUCUCCUCAAGAGGGUGGUGUCCCUCUGGUUUUGUCCACUGCUGCUCCAACACCACUCGUGACUCAAGCUACUGGAGUUAUGCAGAGCUCCCAGCAACCACUUCCAGUUUUCCGGCAACCAACUGGGAUGCAUUUACCACACUAUCCUCCAAACUACGUUCCAUAUAGUCCAUAUUUCUCUCCAUAUUAUGUCCCACCAGCAGCAGUUCAUCAAUUCUUAGCUACUGGUGCAUUACCUCAGCAACCUCAGGCUGGAAGUAUGUAUCCAACCCCACCUGGGGCAACUGCCAAAUAUUCAGUUUCUCAAUUUAAGCAGGGGCCUAAUGCAGGAAACCCAACCUACAUGGGAGUGCCGGGCAGUUACGGGCCAUAUGGCCUUUCCAUGGCCAACUAUACUUCCAGUUCAGCCACUACAGUUGUUACUUCAACGUCUAAUGAGGAUCUUGCCGCCCAUCAAGUUAAAGAAAAUAGUCUCUAUGUCAGUGGUCAACAGAGUGAGGGUUCAGGCGUAUGGUUUACAACUCCCAGUCAGGAUAUUUCUUCCUUACAGGCUAGUUCGUUUUACAAUCUUCCUCAGAGUCAGCUUCCUUUCACUCCAACGCAGCCUGGCCACGGCACAUUUGCAGGUAUGUACCACCCUUCACAGGCAGCAGCAACUGUUCACCCUCUUCUGCAACAAUCUCAAACCAUUACAAGUCCUGUCGAUAUGGUUGGACCUCCAACUAGUGUUUAUCAGCAACCACAGCAUACUCAACUCAACUGGUCUAGUAACUACUGAAUGAGGAGACGUUUCUUUUGAAAAUCAAUUACAUUUUAGAGUUCCAAUCUUGAAUCGUCUAAUGUGACGUCAAACAAGUUUUGAUUUGAAGAAACAAGUGCCGGACCCAAGUGUAAAUUUAUGGAAGGAGCCAAUAUAUUGUGACAUCUUUUUAGUCGAUUAAGGCCAGACCAUGCUAGCUAGCCAUCAAUUUCAUGCUUCUGAUAGAUGGUUUGUUUUUCCUUGACAUAACCGGGGAGUCUUUCUAUAGGUUUCGGCUUGAUUUUUAGAGCAUGGGAUGGUUAAAUUAUUAAUUUUCUUUUUCUUAUUUUCUGUAGUUUGGAACCAAAUAGGUACCAUUGCCAGACUCUGGUUAGAGUUUUAUAGGUGUCGUUUCGACUAUUCUCUCUGUAAAUUGAAUAUUUUGUGAUACGAGAGAGGCCGUAUUAAGAACUGUUACAACAGGCCUUGGUGUAUGCAAUCAUUUUUGUGUGUGUGUGAGAGAGAGAGAGAGAGAGAGAGAGAGACUAAUAAGCGUUCUGGCUUGAGAUUUGUGUAUUAUUACAUCAUUUUUGAAGGUUUAUUUGUUAAAUGUCAAUAUAAAGAAACACACUUCAUCUCUU